UGCUGGGAUCUCAGCCCGGCCCGCUCGUGCUGAAGGAAGCUUUGCUGGGGACCAGAACUGCCAGACGGAACCGGUCUCCGGCUGUCAAGAGCCCUCGCCGUGUGCCAUGGAUGCAGAAGACGAGGAGAGCAUGAGUUCCAGCAGUGCGGACAUUAAGGAAAACCGCAACCUGGACAACGUGUCCUCCAAGGAUGGUGGUGCACCUGGGCCCAGCGAGGGGACCCAGCUCUCCAACGGGGGCGCCGGCAGGAAGCGGCCCCUGGAGGAGGGCAGCAACGGCCACGCCAAGUACCGCCUCAAGAAGCGGAGGAGAAUGCCGGGGCCCGUGCUGCCCAAGAACGCGCUGAUGCAGCUGAACGAGGUCAAGCCGGGCCUGCAGUACACGCUGCUCUCGCAGACGGGGCCCGUGCACGCGCCGCUCUUCGUCAUGUCUGUGGAGGUCAACGGGCAGGUGUUCGAGGGCUCGGGCCCCACCAAGAAGAAGGCCAAGCUGCACGCGGCCGAGAAGGCCCUGCGGUCCUUUGUCCAGUUCCCCAACGCCUCCGAGGCCCACCUGGCCAUGGGCCGGACCCUGUCCGUGAACACGGACUUCACGUCCGACCAGGCCGACUUCCCCGACACGCUCUUCAACGGCUUCGAGACGGCCGACCAGAUGGAGCCGCCCUUCUACGUGGGCUCCAACGGGGAUGACUCGUUCAGCUCCAGCGGGGACCUCAGCCUGUCCGCCUCCCCCGUGCCCGCCAGCCUGGCCCAGCCCCCGCUGCCCGUCCUGCCGCCCUUCCCGCCGCCCAGCGGCAAGAGCCCCGUGAUGAUCCUCAACGAGCUGCGCCCGGGCCUCAAGUACGACUUCCUGUCGGAGAGCGGGGAGAGCCACGCCAAGAGCUUCGUCAUGUCCGUGGUGGUGGACGGCCAGUUCUUCGAGGGCUCGGGCAGGAACAAGAAGCUGGCCAAGGCCCGGGCCGCGCAGUCGGCCCUGGCCACUGUCUUCAAUCUGCACCUGGACCAGACGCCAUCUCGCCAGCCCAUCCCCAGCGAAGGGCUGCAGCUGCACCUGCCUCAGGUGCUGGCAGACGCCGUCUCCCGCCUGGUCCUGGGUAAGUUUGGAGACCUGACCGACAGCUUCUCCUCCCCUCACGCCCGCAGGAAGGUGCUGGCCGGGGUCGUCAUGACAACAGGCUCUGACGUUAAGGACGCCAAGGUGAUCAGCAUCUCCACGGGGACCAAGUGCAUCAACGGCGAGUACAUGAGCGACCGCGGCCUGGCCCUGAACGACUGCCACGCCGAGAUCAUCUCACGGAGGUCCCUGCUCAGGUUCCUCUACACGCAGCUGGAGCUUUAUCUAAACAGCAAAGACGAUCAGAAGAAAUCCAUCUUCCAGCGCUCGGAGCGGGGCGGGCUGCGGCUCAAGGAGAACGUGCAAUUCCACCUGUACAUCAGUACCUCCCCGUGCGGCGACGCCCGGAUCUUCUCACCCCACGAGCCCAUCCUGGAGGAGCCGGCAGACAGGCAUCCGAACCGCAAAGCGAGAGGACAGCUGCGGACCAAGAUAGAGUCUGGCGAGGGCACCAUCCCCGUGCGCUCCAAUGCCAGCAUCCAGACGUGGGACGGCGUGCUGCAGGGCGAGCGGCUGCUUACCAUGUCCUGCAGUGACAAGAUAGCACGGUGGAAUGUGCUGGGGAUCCAGGGAGCACUCCUCAGCAUCUUCGUGGAGCCCAUCUACUUGUCCAGCAUCAUCCUGGGGAGCCUCUACCACGGGGACCAUCUCUCCAGGGCCAUGUACCAGCGGCUGUCCAACAUCGAGGACCUGCCCCCCCUCUACACCCUCAACAAGCCCCUGCUUAGCGGCAUCAGCAACGCAGAGGCACGGCAGCCAGGAAAGGCGCCCAACUUCAGUGUUAACUGGACAGUGGGUGACUCGGCCAUCGAGGUCAUCAAUGCCACGACAGGGAAGGACGAGCUGGGCCGAGCGUCGCGCCUGUGUAAGCGCGCGUUGUUCUGUCGCUGGACGCGCGUGCAUGGCAAGGCGCCCCCCCACUUGCUGCGCGCCAAGAUCACGAAGCCCAGCAUGUACCACGAGUCCAAGCUGGCAGCCAAGGAGUACCAGGCGGCCAAGGCACGGCUCUUCACGGCCUUCGUCAAGGCGGGUCUGGGCGCCUGGGUGGAGAAGCCCACGGAGCAGGACCAGUUCUCGCUUACACCCUGAGUGGGGUCAGCUGUCGCCCAGCAUCGCCCCGAGUAUCGUGGUGGGAUCUGGGGCCCGUGCUCACCUCGGGGAGGGUGUGG